CCUUCUCUCGUGUAUUACCUCUGGAGCUGGCGCCGAGAGAGGAAAGGAGAGGGGAGUGAGGCUGAGGGCUCGUGUCCCCCUUCUCUCUUAUCCUUUUUUCUCUCUCCUCCGCUCUCUGGUCUAUGUGUAUUUUACUUCACGUUCUUUUUUUUUAUCCCCUCUCUCUUCUCCCUGCUCUUCUCCGCCCUUUGUCUUUACACGCCGUCGUCGGUGAUCCAUGUCGCUGCUUCGGAGCACAUCACGGAGUCGUGGACGGGCGCGUGAACGGGAGGACCCGAGAAGGAAGGAAGGAGAGGAAAGGCUGGCUGUGUGGUCCUGACUUGUCGGGUCGGCUUGGCUGGCCGUCCAGGGAAAUAGAUCCCCUAAUGUUUUUAUGUUAACGCGAUGGAUGACGACAGCACAUGAUACGACACAAGAUGGUGCGUCAAUACGGUGCGCCUUGCUGUAAGAUGCGGGAGGCGGGCGGCAAAACGCAGAAUUAAUGAAUGAUUUUCCUAAGGCCUAC